GGUCUGUAUCUGUAGACCUGAAUGUUGAUCCUUCUCUCCAAAUUGAUAUACCUGAUGCCCUAAGUGAAAAGGACAGAGUGAAGUUCACUGUGCAUACUAAGACUACACUGCCAGCUUUUCAAAGCCCUGAGUUUUCAGUUACAAGGCAGCAUGAAGACUUUGUGUGGCUGCACGAUACACUCACUGAAACUGAAGAGUAUGCAGGACUCAUUAUACCUCCAGCACCUUCAAAGCCUGACUUUGAUGGGCCUCGAGAGAAGAUGCAAAAGCUAGGGGAAGGAGAAGUGUCUAUGACAAAAGAAGAGUUUGCCAAAAUGAAGCAAGAGCUAGAAGCUGAAUACCUCGCUGUCUUCAAGAAGACUGUAUCAUCACAUGAAAUCUUCCUUCAGCGGAUUUCUUCUCAUCCUGUGCUCAGCAAAGAUCGCAAUUUUCAUGUUUUCCUGGAGUAUGAUCAGGAUCUGAGCGUUCGGAGGAAAAACACAAAGGAGAUGUUUGGUGGCUUUUUAAAAAGUGUGGUAAAGAGUGCUGAUGAAGUCCUAUUCUCUGGAGUCAAGGAAGUAGAAGAGUUUUUUGAGCAAGAGAAGACUUUUCUUGUAAACUACUACAACAGAAUCAAGGAUGCAUGUGCAAAAGCAGAUAAGAUGACAAGAUCUCAUAAAAAUGUUGCAGAUGACUAUAUUUAUACUUCAGCUUGCUUGAACAGCCUGGCAUUAGAAGAACCUACAGUUAUCAAAAAGUACUUGUUGAAAGUUGCUGAGCUCUUUGAGAAACUCAGGAAGGUAGAGAGUAGAGUUUCAUCUGAUGAAGACUUAAAGCUCUCUGAAUUGCUGAGAUACUACAUGCUCAAUAUAGAAGCUGCUAAGGAUCUUCUGUACAGACGUACGAGGGCUCUUGUUGACUAUGAAAACUCAAACAAAGCUCUAGAUAAAGCCAGACUAAAGAGCAAAGAUGUUAGACUGGCUGAGACACAUCAACAGGAUUGUUGUCAGAAGUUUGAAAAGAUUUCAGAAUCUGCAAAACAAGAACUGCUGAGCUUCAAACAGAAGAGAAUAGCAGCAUUCCGCAAAAACCUAAUUGAAAUGGCAGAACUGGAAAUAAAACAUGCAAAGAACAAUGUCUCUCUCCUGCAAAGCUGUAUUGACUUGUUCAAGAACUAAGGCGUCUCUUUUGAAAAUGUGAAAAAGCAUCACUUGCA